GAGUGUGUUUCCCCCUCGCUAAAGACGGCGUGUUUUCCUAAAGCACCUUUCCACCCCGGACCCUCCGUGUUACCACUGCACCUAUGAGGUAACGUCAGGAACCAAAACCCCCUCCCCAUUACCACCCUCAAUCCACCCCCCGUCCCCCUCUCCCCCGUCCCUCAAACCCCCUCCUCCCAGCCAUGGGACAGAAGAUCUCUGGCAGUAUAAAGUCAGUGGAUGUUCGCGGGGAGCCCUCAUAUCGCCCGGUACGUCGAGAACUUCGGGGUCCGGACUUCUGUCGGCCCCCGCGACUCGACUUACUUCUCGACAUGCCGCCGGCCAGCCUGGAAACGCAACUCCAUCACUCCUGGAAUCCGGACGACCGGUCGCUCAACGUCUUCGUGAAGGAGGACGACAAGCUGACGUUUCACCGGCACCCCGUGGCUCAGAGCACAGACUGUAUCCGGGGGAAAGUGGGUUACACUCGGGGGCUUCACGUUUGGAGGAUCCACUGGCCGUGCAGACAGAGAGGGACGCACGCGGUUGUGGGCGUGGCCUCCGCUGAAGCGUCGUUACACUCGGUGGGCUACACGGCGCUGGUGGGAGCGGACUCUGAGUCCUGGGGCUGGGACCUGGGCAGAAACAGACUCUACCACGACGGGAAGAACCGCCCCGCUUCCACGCCAGUGCCGACGUACCCGUGCUUCCUGGAGCCCGACGAGUCCUUCGUGCUUCCCGACUCGCUGAUGGUGAUACUGGAUAUGGACGAGGGAACGCUGAGCUUCAUGGUGGACGGACAGUAUCUGGGAGUAGCGUUCAGAGGACUUAAAGGAAAGAGACUGUAUCCCAUCGUCAGCGCGGUGUGGGGGCACUGUGAAGUUACGACUCGCUACGUCAACGGACUAGAUCUUGAAAGGAAGCGGACAGCGGACACUCUUGCUGCUGUGGCCGAGGAGGACGAUUGGCCCGUCCAGGCUUACGAGCGGACGGGGCCUCGUGUCCCUGGGGCAGAGUGCCGGGCAGGAGUCCGAAGCAACUCCUGCCCCGCCUCCCUCCACGGUUCACCCGCGGCGGCGUCUGUUACGGAGACGGCCAGAAAAGUGCUACUGGACGCUCCAAUCAGCCCGGACGGGCUGUUCGGAUCCCAGUUCCACGCCAUGGUGGAGUCCAUGAAGAUGGCCGCGGAACAGGUGGACGGCAUUCGCCAACAUGUACAGCUGGCUCCAGUCGGCUGA